GUGAAGGUGAGUCCUCGCUUCCAUAUUUAUGCGCACAAUAUCCAUGACAAAGUUACACUCACCUGCACGAAACUUCCUAUCCACAGCACAUCUUCAAUACCAGUCACUUGAUCUGCAUGAUCAUUCUAUCAUAUCUUCUCAAACACCUCUCCAGCACGCCAUCACGCCCACAAUGUCCUGCUCUGCGCCAACUUUCAACUCCGCCUCGUCCUACCUUACCAUCGCCCUCCUCAACGCAAUCGCUGAGGCAGGCUCCUACCCUCCCGCCUCUUCUUCUGCCUCGUUACCGCGCGCCGAAGAUCUCCACGCCCCGCAACCGCGCCACGACUACAUCCAUCAACAGACUGAGUACCUCCCUGACCCCAUCGAGGAUAUCGUCUUCCGCCUGCUCGCGUGGCCACUAUCCUCUGCCUAUGGGGUCGAGACCGUCGUCCUCGGGCUGCCCCUGGUGAUUCAGUGCUUUGGCGAGCACGCAGACGCCCACAUGCAGUAUGACGAGCGUGUGCAUCGUCUGUGUUUGCGGGCGGUCUCGGAUGUGAGAUGGAGGGGUGAGCAGCUCGGGCUGCCGAAGACGUAUGUGGAUUGGCUGUGUGCGGAGGGACAGAAGGGGGCGGUGAACAUCUUGAAGGUCGGAUAUGAGCAGCUUGAUGACGGGUUGCGGAGGUGGCAGGAAGUCACGAGGAGGAAUAUGUAG